GAUUCGCAAAACAGGACUAUGUGUGUCCGAAAACCAUCGGAAUUCCCUUCGAAACACACCAGAAUCUGGCUGGAAAUAUUUUUAAUUAAAUUGAGGAUUUCACCAAGAUAUAUUUCCUCACGCAGAGAGUGAAUUAGUCGUCUGAAAAGGAAAUAUUCUGUCUUAACUGGCCCAGUUACACUGUUUGGUUGACGGGGGCUUGCGUCCAGUUUUUACCCUGCCAAAACUGUGGUCACUGCCGACCAUGUAAACGAGUGGAUUUUUCGUUAUUUUGAUCGAAAUAGACAAGUAAUUUUGAAAUUGAAUUUGGAGUAUGAGUGCAAGACCGAGGACAACGUCGUUUGCAGACGCCAAGGGUAACAAUCCUGCGUUUGGGGGAUUUAAAAUAUCACACAAAGAUGGCAAUCGGGUCACAACGGUCAUGGCAACUGCCGGCGCCAUGGUCAACGCCAGGCAAGAGGAACGGAACAUGGAGAUCUCAUACUCAGAAACCAAAAUCAUCGGCAACGGAUCGUUUGGCGUGGUACACCAGGCUAAGCUAACCGACACGGGAGAAAUGGUGGCAAUAAAGAAAGUUCUACAAGACAAACGAUUCAAGAAUCGAGAAUUGCAGAUAAUGCGUAAACUAGAGCACUGCAAUAUUGUUAGGCUGCGAUACUUCUUUUACUCAAGCGGAGAAAAAUCCAGCAGCUCGGGGAAGCAAAAGGAUGAAGUUUACCUGAACUUGGUGUUGGAGUACGUACCAGAGACGGUGUAUAGAGUAGCAAGGCAUUAUAGCAAAAACAAACAGACAAUACCUAUAUUAUAUGUCAAGUUGUACAUGUAUCAGUUAUUCCGAAGCCUAGCGUACAUUCAUUCUCUAGGAGUUUGCCAUCGAGAUAUUAAGCCACAGAACUUGCUCUUGGAUCCCGAAUCCGGAGUGCUCAAGCUGUGCGACUUUGGAAGUGCAAAAACGCUGGUUGCUGGUGAGCCCAAUGUAUCGUACAUCUGCUCACGAUACUACAGGGCACCUGAGCUUAUCUUUGGUGCCACAGACUACACAUGCAAUAUAGAUGUAUGGUCAGCUGGCUGCGUCCUAGCAGAGUUAAUGCUCGGACAGCCAAUCUUCCCGGGGGACAGUGGAGUGGAUCAACUGGUGGAAAUCAUUAAGGUGCUGGGCACGCCAACCCGCGACCAAAUCCACGAAAUGAACCCCAACUACACAGAAUUUAAGUUCCCACAGAUCAAACCGCAUCCCUGGAACAAGGUAUUCCGGCCGAGGACCCCGUCCGACGCCAUUGAACUGUGCAGCAAGCUUCUGGAGUACACACCUUCGUCUAGGGUCUCGCCGCUAGACGCCUGCGCUCAUAAGUUCUUUGACGAGUUAAGAGAAGCUGGAGCCAGGUUACCAAACCAAAGGCCACUUCCACCACUCUUCAAUUUCACACCACAAGAACUAGCUAUCAAGUCGUCUCUAAACGAUCACCUCAUCCCGCCCCAUGCAAGGCGAGACCCAGUCAGCUCAUCUCAGGGAACGUCAGCGGCUAGCGAGAACACCGCCACCACGAGUGUCGCCGGUCUACCAAUCCCCGGAGCGAUAGGGGGAGGAAACUAAUUUAAAACACCGAAAAAGGAAAAUAAAUCACGAAAUCGAAAGCCCACUUCUCAAGAAAGGUACACAGUAUGUGAAUUUUAAUUGUCGCAAGUCGGCAACCCGUUCCCGAGUAUAAAAGUUCUCUAAGAUGGCUAAAAAAAUUAAUCGGGAGAAACAACUGUGCACCUUUGUUUCCUUGUUCGUCGCUUAAUUUAGACCAUACGCAGUUCGGGGACUGAUUUUCUGAUCUGUACCUGAUUAAGCAUCUUCAGUCAGCCUCAAGAAGUUAUCCAUUAUUCUGCAUAUGGAUGGGCUAUGUCAUAUUCGUGUGCCCAUUAAUAAAUGGAAAGGCGUUCCAGAAUGACAUCGUGAUUGGUCGACAGGAGGCACCAGACUUUACCAAUGGAGGACCGCAUCCCGACCUGUUGUUGCAAUGGUACAGUCCUUGUUCCUUCAUGCCAUUGUUGAAUCUUUCAAGAGUGAUAAACAUUCAGGUAUGACUGUUCUGAGAGAGCGUCGGCGUCAUUAUAAGGAAGUGUUCUGGUUUGGUCCCUUCCAAAUCACUCGAGUGUCAAAUGAAAAGGCGAUCUCGAUAUAGAUUGAGAAAUGGUCAGAAAACACUUCCUGGACUUUUAUCUUUUUAUGAAUCGUGAGCUUAACAAUAAUUGGGCAGCUGGUGUAAAUUACCCAACCCCUCUUUCCCCGUUUCCCCAAAACAGUGUCAAAUGUUUUACGGACUCCAGGAGACGAAGUUUCGACAGAGGACAGAACCUUCAAGAAGUGAAGAACAAUUGUAAAUAUCGGUGGAAACUCUGUCGGGGGGACCUGGACGUGAUAAAAAAAAAAAAAUUGUUGUUUGUAAACAUGCUUGGAUGGUCGGACUAAAAUAUUAUUAUUUCCUUCUCAAAUUAACUUAAAGGAAAUCGUUAUUGCAAGUAGAAUGGGCUGAAAGCUACAGUAUUCAGACAGAUUUAACUUCAGAGAUUAUUAUUAACCCCUCAUUUGGCUAGCUUUAAAUGUUGAUUGCUCUACUCUUAAACAAAAUACCCAUUCUCUGAAACUAAGACUGUCUGCUGAAAAAACUUGAAAUCAUAACUUUGAUGUGUUUGGGGAAAAUUAGGAAAACGUUUCAUGCACUCGACCUAAAAGCCUUGCGCCUUCCGAUUAUUGGAAGUACAUGUACAUACGCAGAGUUGUACUCAGGCAUACGCUAG